CUCCAAUAUAAACAGGAACGAGAUUGCUUACCAUCGGCCAUCCUCUCGGGGAGAAUUCUGGAAGAACGGGAUUUUACGCUAGAAGUCGGUGAACUUGCGAUAUUCAGCGUAAGAGAAGGAUGUCAAGAUUCGCGCUCGACCAAUUGCCGCGUGUUAGUUCGAAAACACAGCUUGUUCUCGUGUGUCUUUCGAUUAUUUUGAUGAACAGCGAAAGAAUAGCAAGCGAACUCCUUUAUGUGGAGCCACCAAGUUUCAAAAUCGAAGAAAAGAUUGGUCUGGAAACAAUUCUGUCGUGUGAAACUGGCGCAUUCCAAAACAAACAAAAUUCAGAGACUUGGUGUGAUUCAACGAAGGAAGACGGGCCUCACCAGACGAGUGGAAAUCAAAGAGACACGUGUUCCGCAUGCAAUCCCUUGACAAAUGCUCCAUAUAGCAUAAAGAGCGUUCUGACAGGUAGUGAAGCGAGGGAAUGGAGAUCUCUUCUAAAGGAUAAGGAAAGUACACUACAAGAGGUCAACAUCACGAUUAACUUUCCACAGGUACUCGAGAUACAGAGCAUCUCUGUGAAGGCAGGGAAAACGCCUCUUCCCGCUGUUUGGGCCCUAGAAACGACCAUCGAUGUUAAGAGUGACUUUCAAAGGGUGCAUUAUUACGUUACAAACCCAGAGGAUUGCUUAAAACACUUUGGAGUGAGACUGUUAGACAAUGGCUUAGACAAUCCCGUUUGCAAUUUACAACCAGAGGGUUCGUGGACAGAAAGUAAAACUUUUCUGAAUCAUCUGGCGGCCAGUGUUCAGCUGAGAUUUAUGAAAAUGUUGCCUGUCGUUAAAACAAGCGACAGCAAUUCGGAUUACUACUCCAUCAGCGAAAUCUCGAUAGAAGGACGUUGUGUCUGUAAUGGCCAUGCAGAUGAGUGCAGUCUAACGGACGAUGGACGCAUGGCUUGCCACUGUCUUCAUAACACAUGUGGGGAACGGUGUCAGUUUUGCUGUGAGGGUUACUCUCGAGAUGAUAAUGGUGAUUGUGAGGGUAGGCCAAAGAAUAUUUCAACAGGAAACUCUACCAAAACAACUUUGGCACAGACGAUAGGCGUCCCUCGCUAUGUGGAGGAGAAGGAACGAUCUCCUAAAGUAAUCAGUACCACUGAUAACUCGCUCAACCGCACUGCGUUACGCACUACCGCAGAAGCUAUUUCUGGGUCCAGCACUGUAAAAAGUACCGCUGUUCUUUCCACAAAAGAAAUAAGAGCAGGGACAAGUACUCUUUCUAUACCUCACGAUCUUUCUACAGUGAGUAUGCCUUCCACGGAGAAUGUUGCUAUGACACUUAUUCCCACAAGAGAAAGGAGAUUGUCAGAACCUGCUAGUAUGCACACUGCUUUGGAAAACCUCACCAGGUCUACUACAAUGAAAGUAAUCACUGACUCAACCACCGUGGAAACUGACACUGAGACCACCAUUAUGGCGGACAUAACUGAGUCCACGAGGGUUGAAAUUACCACUAAGCCCACCAUUGUAGAAAGAACUACUAGGUUGACUGCGAUGGAAGUCACUCUUGUACCCACUACUUUGGAAACUACUACUGUGCUCACCACCGUGGAAACUACUCCUGUGCCCACUACUGUGAAAACAAGUGUUAUGUCCACCCCUGUGGAAAGUACUGCUAUGUCCACCACUGUGAAAACAACUACUUUGUUCACCACCGUGGAAACUGCUAUUAUGCCCACCACUGUGGAAACAACUGAUAUGCCCACCACUGUUAAAACUACUAUUAUGCCCACCACAGUGGAAAGAAUUACUGAGCCAACCAAAGUGGAAACUUCUACAGUACCCAUAAGUGUGAAAACUACUUCUGAACCUGCCUAUUUGGAAAGAACGACUGAGUCAUCCUUUGUGGAAAGAACAACUGAGUCAACCACAAUGGAGGCUUCUGUUGUGUUCACCACCAAGGAAAGUACUACUAUGCCUACCACUGUGGAAACAACUACUACUGAGUCAUCCACUGUGGAAACUACUACUGAGUCAUCCGUUGUUGAAACAACUACGUCAUCCACUGUGGAAAGUACUACUGAGACAUCCACUAAGCAAAAUACUACAGAGUCAUCGAUUGUGGACGCUACUACUGAGUCAUCCGCUGUGAACAUUACUGCGUCAUUCACUGUGGAAACAACUGCGUCAUCUACUAUGGACAUUACUGAGUCUUCCACUGUGGGAACUAUUACCUUGUCAUCCACAGUGGAAACUACUUCUGAGUCAUCCACUAAGGAAACUACUACUGAAUCAUCCACUGUGGAUACUAAUGUGUCAUCCACUGUGGAAACUACUGUGUCAUCCAGUGUGGAAACAACUGCGUCAUCCACUGUGGACACAACUGAGUCAUCCACGGUGGAAACUACUACUGAGUCAUCCACUGUGGACAAUAAUGAGUCAUCCACAAUGGAAACUACCACUGAAUCAUCGACUGUGGACACUGCUGCGUCAUCCACUGUGGAAAGUACUACUGAGUCAUCCACUAAGGAAAAUACUACUGAGUCAUCGAUUGUGGACGCUACUACUGAGUCAUCCACUGUGAACAUUACUGCGUCAUCCACUGUGGAAACAACUGCGUCAUCUACUAUGGACAUUACUGAGUCCACUGUGGAAACAACUACUAUGCCCACCACUGUGGAAACAACUACUGCACCUCCUCCUACUGUACCCACCAAGGUGGAAACUAUCACUGUGCCCACCACCGGAAAAACUAUCAAAGUGCCUACAACUGGGGAAACAAAGAAUUUACCCAUAACUGUGCCCACCACUGUGGAAACAACUACUGAGUCAACCACUGUGGAACCUACCACAAUGCCUAACACCAUGGAAACGACUACUGUUUCCACCACCACGGAAACAACGACUAUACCCACCACUGUAGAAACUACCACGGUGCCCACCACUGUAAAAACUACCAAAGUGCCUACCACUGUUCAAACAACCACUGUUCCUACCGCCGUGAAAACCACCACUGUGCUUACCACUGUGAAAACUGUACCGACCACUCCCCGUGUUCUUUCAGAAGAAGAAUUGCGAAAGAUUUUUGAUUUCCCCCCAGGAGUGUGCUACUGUAGCAGGUUUGCAACAGUCACAAGGCAGUGUUUUCCUACGGCACUGAACAAACCGUGUAUAUGUCGUGCGAACUUUGCUGGCACAAGAUGCGAGAGGUGUGCUCCUGGUUAUUUCAGCUAUCCCUUUUGUGCUCCUUGUGAUUGCAACUUUUCCGGUUCAUAUGGUGGAGGUGCCUUUUGUGAUCCGUACACCGGACAGUGUCCCUGUAGAUAUGGCUUUAGAGGAAAGCGAUGCGAUCAGUGUCCUGCUGGAUAUUAUAACUUUCCUAACUGUCAGUGGUGUGGAUGUAAUCCGUUAACAACAACAUCUAACAUAUGUGAGGACAGCGCCGACGGUUACAGAUGUUUAUGUAAGCCCAACUAUGAAGGUCUUUUCUGCGGACAGUGUAAAAAAGGAUACUACGGCUUCCCUGUUUGCAAAAGGUGCUCGUGUUCGCCUCGGGGAUAUGGCUCUUGUAAUGAACUUGGUAAAUGCGUCUGUAAUGAAGGGUAUGCCGGGAUACAAUGCGACCGCUGUGCAAACGGCUACUAUGGCUUCCCUAACUGUAGAGCGUGUAGUUGUAACACCUUUGGGUCGUACAGCAGACAGUGUAACUAUACAACCGGGGAGUGUUCCUGUAAGCCCAACAUUCGAGGAAGUCAAUGCGACCGCUGUGAAGAAAACAUGGUGGGCUUUCCUGCGUGUGUCAAGUGUGACUGUAAUGCAGAUGGAACCAGGUUCUUGCCUGGAUUGGCUAAAAGAAUGUGUUACGGUUCGGCCAAGUAUCAGUGCCUUUGCAAAUCGAACGUUGUCGGCCGAACGUGUGAUCGUUGCACGCACGGUUUCUACAACUUCAGUGGCAGCAACCCCCUUGGUUGCAGAUCCUGUGGCUGCUCACUUGGUGGGACUGUGUCGGGUACACGUAACUGUCAUGCGCAAAAUGGGCGCUGCGACUGCAAGAAUCAUGUGAUAGGUAAAAAGUGCCAGAAUUGCCGAGAUGGGUACCAUGGAAUGAAGUCACAUGAUAUAUUUGGCUGUAAAGCAUGCAAAUGUGAUCCUGGUGGAUCAGUCGGAAAAAGUUGUGUGAAACAUUUAGGAAACUGUCAGUGCAUUUCUGGAGUCAGAGGAAAGAAAUGUGACAGUCUCUAUCCAUCUAGAGCGACAUAUUUUCCAACUUUGUAUCACACCUAUGCUGAGCUGGAGAGAGCGGUGUUGACAUCCAAUACUAAAAUCCGGGUCCCGAUAGCGGCAGAUGAUGGCGUCUUUCCAUCUUUCUCGGGAGUUGGGUACGCAUUUUUCCCUCCCUUUAAGGAGUACGCAGUUGUUGUGCAGAUCCCCAAGACAAGUAAAUAUCAUGUCAUCUUUCACUAUGCGCUCAGGAAUAACCAACCUACUUCUGCUAACGUUGAGCUGUAUCCAAGAGCGUCGUUACUUAAAUCAUACAGCUUUGAGGUACAAUUUCCCCCUCGGAAGCCAAGUGAUCAACGAGCCAAGAAUUUGAGGCUCACAGUAAACAAAAGAGGUGUAAACAGAGAGUUUGAAUUGGAUGAAGGUGCUUGGACUGUUGCUGUAACAUCCCACAGCACGAUGUUGUUGCUGGAUUACAUUGUAUUUUUACCACAAGAUUAUUACAAUGCUGACCUUCUAAAAGACGUUCAACCAGGACCAUGUAUGCUACGAACCUCUAAAUCAGAGCACUGUGAUAUGUAUACAUAUUAUGACCCAAAAAGUCCAUCUGUGUCUGUGUCUGGGAGCCUUGCCUACACGCACCCUUUUAGAAGACAGGCCUACUUAUUCACAGAUGCACUGUACUUCUUAGAUGAACCAAAACUCUCCAAUAUGGCCUUGCUGGGAGAAAGUCAGCCUAUCCUAGGUUUCGAUAUCACAGUACCAGAAUCUGGCGCGUACGUUGUCAUGGUUACUUAUGUCCAUCCGGAGAGAUUCAUUCACCGAGUGUUUAUCACAGUGGGUGAUCAGCGAGGGACGAUGGAGAUUCUGCCGUGCAGAUAUCAGUUCUUAUGCCGCCAGUUCGCCAUGGAUGGUAACAAGCGCCCUAAGACUUACGAAUUUAUGGCCAGACAGACCUCCAAGGUGACAAUUGAAAGCUCUGCCUCAGCGAAGAUCGGCGUGAGUUCUAUCACCGUUGUACCUCAAGCUAAGUGGAACAUACAGUACGUCGAGCCCAGGCUUCUUUGCAGAAUGGUCAAUAAAACCUGCUACCCUGCGACUUAUCCAAUACCCGAGAACGUAUUCCAGCUAGUUGCAUUUUCUCGCCGGACUAAAGAUAAGAUGACAUCAAUUUUCAACGGCGCCGUCAAGGCCUUUGUGUCGUAUCGCAUAAUUAUACACUAUCGGCAGUCUAACAGUCUCUCCAAGAAAGUCGAAGAAAUAUCGAUUGCUGGCCACGAAAAGCCAAAUAUUCCCGUGACGUUCCAUUACUGUCCUGCCGAUCCGGGCUGUCGUGUCGUCGUCGGGGAAGAGGAAGCCUUAAGUUUCCUGUUUAACCGAGGGAUUUUUACUGCCACGAUACAACACGAGAGGGGAACUCAACUGUCAUAUAUGCUUCUAGUGCCUGAAAACGUCUACUCCACAAGCCUUCUUGAACUACAGUCCAGUGACAAAGUUGCUGAAUUCUUGCAAAAUUGUGGUAAAGACCAUUUCCAUGUCCACCCAGUUCGCGGGCGACAGUGUCGACAGGAUGUGUUCUCUUUGACAAUGCGUUUCCUCGGAGGGCCCUCACGAUGCAUGUGCAACGUAAUCGGGUCCAGGUCCCCGGUCUGUGAGGAGUUUGGUGGCCAGUGCUUGUGCCGGGCCAACGUGGUGGGUAGGAAGUGUGACAGGUGUAAGCUUGGUCAUUCUGGAUUCCCACGCUGCCGACGUUGUGGUUGCCACGAUUUAGGAUCAGUUUCUCCAACUUGUUUUUCAAACGGACGGUGCCGCUGCAAGCCUGGAUUCGGAGGAUACAAAUGCAAUAGAUGUAUAUCUUCUACUUAUUAUGGUUUCCCAAACUGCAAGCCCUGUGCUUGCAAUACUCGUGGCUCGCUAAGCACUUUCUGUCGCUCAAGAGAUGGUCAAUGUCAGUGUAGGAGAAAUUUCAAUGGAAAGAAAUGCAAUGAGUGCAGAAUUGGCUAUUACGAUUUUCCAAGCUGUAAGAAGUGUAACUGUGAAGCUGCUGGAAUCAAACUACUCCCUGGUGAAAAGAACGGAUGUGGAUCGGUCAAUAACACCAACUGUAGGUGUAAAGAUAACGUGAUGGGUGACAAGUGUGACAGCUGCAAACCAUUUCACUUUAAUCUUCACAUAAAUAACCCUUUGGGUUGUCAGUCGUGUGGCUGCAACACUAACGGCACUUUGGGAUCGAUCAAAACGUGUCACGAAACCACUGGACAGUGCUCAUGUAAGAGUCACGUGAUUGGUCGCCACUGUGACCAAUGCAAAGAUGGAUAUUACAGUAUCGAAGGACCGAAUGCAUUCGGUUGUAAACGUUGUUCAUGUAAUGCAGGUGGAUCUAUUAGCCCGUCUUGCAACGAAAUCACGGGAAAAUGCCCAUGCUUACCGGGUAUCGGUGGGAACCAGUGUGACAGGGUCACGUCUAAUGAUUAUUACUACCCCACACUUCAUCAAUAUAAAAUCGAGUUGGAAGAUGCGGUCUCCACUGACAGCGACAGAUCAGCUUACUUCAGAUACGACGAGAGUGAAUUUCCGGGAUUUUCUUGGCGAGGUUACGCAGUUUUCUCGCAGUCUCAGAAGUCAGUAUAUGCGAUGAUUACUGUUCCCCGAACAAGCAAAUACCAACUGGUAUUCUACUACUUACUGUCCCGAUAUGCCACCGUGACGGCCUUAGUGAGAUUCACUCCGACAUUGAACUCAGCUCCAUUUCCGUCUGGCUCUGCGACAGAGCAGAGACUGGAUGUCCGAUUCCGAGCAACAUCGAAUUGGUUCUACCACUCAGCUGACUUCCUUGUGGUCAGAGACACUUGGGGAGACGCACAGCAAAUUAUGCUGAGUCAGGGAAAGUGGAAAUUUACAAUGUCGGCCUCCGCUACUGAUCUUUUCGUGGACUACAUGGUGCUACUACCAGAGGAAUAUUACAAACCGAAGAACCUCGUGGUUAACGACUUUAGUCCUUGUAAAAUUAGCGGGGACGAUAGCCAUUGCUCUCACUUUGCGUUCCUCAGCCUCAAACAAGACGGAUUUGUGACUAUCCAGGCAGAGGACAGUUCCGUUGUUGGUGGCGUACUAAGAAACCGACGAGUGACGGAUAUUCCCUUCCAUGGGCGUAUUCUGACUGGCUCUAGAAAUGUGAUGUCCUUCCGUUUACCGUCCAAAGUACAAAACCAGUUUGUCCUGUUGGCUAGCUAUUUCCACAAUUCUGAUAACGAAGGAAUCUCAGCGGUGGUCGUUAAAACUGGCUCUGAAAUCUUAAGAGCGCAAAUGAGAAUUCUCUCUUGCCGAUAUCGCUUUGGCUGUCGACAAGUAGCUAUCGACAAGAACCAUGGUGUUGCUAUAUUCACCGCAAGUCAAAACGAAGAAACCAGCAUCAGUAUGACAACCUCAUUAACCAUCGCUUUGGACUUUAUUACAGCUGUUCCUCUCGCCGAAUGGACUCAGAAGCUCUUGCUACCAGCAGCACAGUGUAUCAGUAACGGUUUCUCAUGCAUACAGUCAGCUUAUUUUACUCCCAAAGAUGCCGUGAAGAUAGAGGCUGAAGGCAAGUUGAACGGUGGCGAUAGAGCCCCUUACUACAUCAUGGACAGAAGGGCGAGACUGAAGCAUCUGAAAGUGGGCGAGAAAACUGUUCACAUCAAUGGAAAAGCGCCAACUGGUCGCUAUUACGUCAUUGUGCAUUUCUAUCAACCGAACUUCCUCUCCUUCCUGGGAAAAGUUGUAAUCAGUGGACAGAACGCUGCAUCCACGCUGCUGACGUUCCAUUACUGUCCCCACGUGUCGGGCUGUAGAGCCAUAGGUACCUCACAGUACAGGGAGGGUAUGCGUGAAUCCAUCUACGUUGGGCGACAGAACGACAUACUUGUCAGUAUAGCCAUUCCUGAAGACAAAGGUGUAUGGAUUGAUUACGUGUUAUUGGUUCCAAUCUCGUCCUUCUCACCAUCCCUUCUGGAUGUAAAACCAAUUGAUAUCACACAAGAUUUCAUACAGGAUUGUGGACAACGCAGCUUUUUCCUGAAAGAAUCCACCUCGCAGUUCUGCCUUCGCUCUGCAUUUAUCCUUACAACUCGAUUUAACGGCGGUGCAUUAUCAUGCAACUGCGACAGCCUGGGAGCCAUCAAAACAGGCUGUCAGCCAUUCGGCGGACAGUGUGUAUGCCGACCUAACGUGAUUGGUCGCGCAUGCGACAGAUGUAGAAGCGGUUAUAGCGGGUUUCCUUUCUGCAGGAGAUUAAAGAAAUUUCAAGCGAUGGUCAAACAAAUUUACCUGUACUUACAGUAGUUAGUAAUAUCGAUGAUUCUCACGGCUUUGGCAUGGUAUCAUUUCAAGAGAGAAUCACGAUAAGAAUUCGAGCUUACCCUAUGGACCUUUAUCCCGAGAGGAUCCUUGUAAAGUUUUUUUUUUUCGAGGAGCGAGGUCGAUACCAGCUGUUAGUUUCUCAGUCUAAUCUUCUCUUGAGCAUGCGCACCACUUUUAAUAUACCAUAUCAAUUUCACAACGAAAGGCCACUUCGCAACGAUGGGUAAACUUUAGGGUUGGCUCUUUACUCGUUCUGUUCAAACAAAAUUGCAUUGCAAUAUCAUAUUUUCACCUGUAUAUGUAUAGCGAUAAGAUCUCGUUUUGGGUCUAUGGUUAAAGAGUUAAAUUUAUAAAUAUAUAGAUAUAUAACUGCACACAGUACUGUUUCGGCCUUCUGAGCCUCUUCACUGCAGUGCUGAUUCAAGGAGGUGAAGCCAUAAAGCCACCCCAAUGAUUCCCCAUUGAUGGUAUCAUCUAAGCCACGCCAGAGGGCUCAAACUAGAAACUAGUGAGCUUCGCGCAAUUGCACGACAUGACUCGUCCUAGUAGAGUGCUCGAUCUGAACAUAAAAGCAAAGCUUUGAAAGGAAAUAAAGAAAGACGGUUUCUAAGGUAA